CUAACCAACACAACUGCUUCAACUGCAACCGUCUGGUACACUAUGCCAAUGUCCGCCGUGAGCCGAAGAGGCAGCAACAGCAACAGCCGCCCUACCCUCAGCAGCAGCAACAGCUUCCCGCAACGCCACCUCAUCAGCAGCAUCAGCAGCCCCCACCGUUCCAGCAGAGGGCUGGGGGUCAGGCCCGAGUCUAUACCAUCACCCACAAUGAGGCCGCUCGCAACACAGGUACUAUGUCCAGAAUGCUUUCUAUCUCCAACGUGCAUGUCUUUGCAUUAUGUAAUACCGGUGCUACACAUUCUUUUAUUUCUUCUCGUUGCUUGGAGGCUUUAUCUAUUGGCACCGUGCAUGCUUGUGAUCCUCUCGAGGUUAGUUUAGCCUCGGAAAAAAUUAUUAUCUCUGAUUCAGUGGUUUGCAAUCUUCCUAUCUGUAUUGGUGGUCGAGUUCGGGAGGCCAACGUAUAUGUAAUUGAUAUGCGAGACUUUGACAUGAUCUUGGGCAUGGACUGGCUCACCCGUUACCGAGCCGAUAUUCGUUGCCAGGAGCGCGAAGUCACCCUCUAUCAU